CACCUUUAUGGUACAUACUAUCGGCGUUCUUUGUCUUUCUCGCGGCAUUGAGUUACAGGAAGGAAGAGCGAAGGUAGAAAAAGCUUUAUAAGAAGAACAAUUGACGAGAUCACAGCAGUCACUCAGGAAGCAAGGCAGACAGCCGAUGCAGCAGUUGAAGUUCAGAACGCUCGGGACGAUGCCUGCAAAGGAAAGGAGACCAUAGAGGAAUUUAGAUGUCGGUGCCGGGAAAAGACUUCGCACUUGUAUUUAUCGUCGCGCUCCUUCUCGAACAUGAGCAGUGCUGUUGCCACGUCGUUGAAGCGGAGCGUGGCCGAGAUGUUGUUCCGCUUGACCUGCGCAUUUUGCGGGCUCUGGAAGGGCUAGUAGACGCACUGGGAUCGAGGCUGCACAUGACGUACGUGGACGCCGCCAGUGGACUGUACUUCGCCAGCGACCGUCUACAGAACGUUCUCAACAUGGUAAAUACCGGCACCGGGAACGACUCCUUGGGUACUUCCGGGCAGUUGCCCGCGAGUUUCCACGUGAGCGUUGAGGAAAUCAGAGCUCUCCAAAGGAAAACAACACAGUUUGGAAAUACUGCUGUUGAGCAGGUUCUUCAGACAACGAAUGUCCCAAUACUGUCCCGCGGAGUACUCCGGCACAACUUCUGGACUGACCCACCCAUUCCGGCUGGAGUGGAGCCGGUCGAGAACGCAUCGGGCAGCGCGCCGCACCGCAGCGUCACUGAGAGCACGUCGGACGCGUGCAUGACGCAACUGUUCUCCGGCGCCCGCUGUCGAGACGUGAACAGCACCUGUUGGGAGACCAUGACGGGUGGGAAGCACAGGGGCUACAACCUCGCGCAUCAGGUGCUCUUCCUCACCAUUGCUUUCAAGAUGAACUGCACGGCUGUCAUGGAAAGAUUCUCGGAGUUAUACGGACAGCCACCAGCAGCGCGGAAUUUGGCUUCAAAGUGUGCACAGGUGGCCAAAGAGGCACAGUCGGUGGCAGAGGGUGGUUUCCCGGAUCGGAAGAGGGACCUUUUUCUCGAGCAAGUCACCGUGUGCGGGUUCCUGGAUCGAGGCGUGUUCAAGAACACGUCCUUCAUGGAAGCCGCUCUGUCCUGGCAGCGGAACGACGGGUGCUUCGAAUCGUGGAUGCACAGAAAGCACCGGAAGCAUCGGCGCAGAGUGAAGCGUGAAGAAAGAGUCGACGACGAUGGAUGUUCGAUGCACAUGACAAGCGUGGGAGCUGCAGCACUAGCAACCUGGUUGGGAACGCUCGUACGGGACGAGCUUCAAGGACGACGACUCGUGCCUUAAAGCGUGGGAACGGUCUAGUUGGUGACAAAUGUUGUUGCGACAGCCGAUGUUUCUAGCGCUCGUCUCCGUAGUUCUAUCCGUCCUAUCGCCUGCUCAUUGCGCUGUUGCAAGAACAUUUUUUUUGCCCAUCGCAUUGCCAACUCAGGGAGGUAAAUAGCUGCUUACAUCUGUUUCCGGUCGCACCAUUUCAAUACGACGGGGUCAACGCUAUGACUCAGAUCCUUGGCAUGAUGCUAACGGCAGGCGGAAGCAAGAAAAAAAAAAUUAAAGCAAGUUCCACGCCUCUAUAAUAUGAGUAAACAGCGGAGCUGACAAGAGUUACCGUAUAUGCUACCUUUAGGCAGCAGAGUUGCGCAUCUGUCUUCCAAACGACGCUAGCAACCAUGCGUUGCGGAGAAGCUGACGCUCGGGCCACUUUUUGUAUUUCUCGAUGGCGCCGCUGCAGCGAAUUGGACUGACACCAGACAUCAACUGUGAAGUUAAUCACCGAUCUUCGACACGCCAAACGCCAAACAUGUCGAUCGG